AUGUCUUAUUUCCGCAUAACGUUAAUCCGAUCGGCCAUUGGUCUUCCGGCCAAAUCUGGCAACGUCCUCAAAGCUCUUGGGCUGCGGAAACGAAUGGCAACAGUAUUUCAUCCGGUCACACCGUCCGUCGCCGGCCAGAUCAUGAAAGUAAAAGAGCUUGUCGCUGUCUCGGAGGUGGACAAGCCUUUGACGAAGGAGGAGGUGCAUCAAGAACGAGUUCCCGACGCCGGAUUCUACGUCGAAUCAAGAGCAGAAGAUAUGAGACAGAGAUAA